GAGAGAGAGGGUGAGAUAUGGAGAUAUGGAAGGCCAACAUCAUGUCCACCCUGAGGUAAACAAAAACAACAACACCUAGACGUAAACAGGAAGCAAAAUCCCUCCCCUUGGUUUCCAGCGUGUGCCAGCAGUGCUUUAACUAGAUAGCAUUCGCUCGAUACCCUGCGAAGGUGUGCGGAGCAUGAGUGUGAGGAGGCGGAGCGGCAUGGCACACGCAGCACGGCACACGCGCACCCACACAAAACCCAACUGGUUACUCUAUACACCUUAUGCACACACUUCUAUCAAGACCGGCCUGUCACAAGAACGUGGGGACACGCUACUGUUUCACCACGGUCUUGGAGUAAUACUUGGAACCGUCAGUGCGAAGUUUGGAUGGAGAAUCAAAAUUAUGUCUACUGUUAAAAACAGUACCAGGACAGUUACAAAUGGAAACACUUUGGAAGACAGAGCAAGGAGCUCAGCACCUCUUGGAACGGGCGAGCAGCAUGCACACGGUGAGGAGGAAGAGGAAGGCAAGGAGGAGAUGGGGAGCAUUCCAGAGGAGGCGCGCAACAGGAAAAGGCACAAGGCUUCAGCACUGCUGCGUGCAGAAUACAGUCCCUCCAUCAGUCCUUACGACAAUACCAACUUUGUCUCCUCUGUACAGCGUCUGCAUCGUCAGCUGGGAUUUGGCCCUUCUGAGAGGAAGAGAGCUGUUGGACAACAAACGACCAAACCAUUAAUAAAUAAAGGAAUGCAGAGACAUGUGCUGAAGGCAGAGGCAUACUUGGAUGUGCUGAGCCAGGAUAUGUCCACACGAGAGGACGUGUUCUGUCCUCUUCAGGGCUGGAUUUCUUGAUGGCAAAUAAAAUGGAUAUAUAAUCACUAAGUAAACCUGGUUUUUAGUGAUUAGUGUGUGGAAAGCGUUUCUAAAGCGUUUCCUGACUUCUGACGAAGGAUUAUCUAAAGAUUAACAGAAAUAGUCCAUAACAUCACAUCACUCUGGGUGUUACUACAUGUCUACUUCUGGACCGCUUUGUUCUAGGCGACAGAACGAUCCCAGUGUUCUGCUUAAGGAUGAGAGAUCACUCUGUCUCCUCAAGUGGUGAGAUGAAGACUCUCCACACCUCUCUUCACCCUGACCCUUGUAAGGACAAAACAGUGGACAUCAAGAGAGUGUGAGUGUGUGUGUGUGGGUGGGUGUGUGGCCAGCAGAAAACUGUGACCAUGUGCCAGACUCCCCACCACAGUUGUUUACAGAGUUACCAUGACAACUCGACUUACGCACAACAUGCUGGAGUUGGAAACAUUACAGCAAGUAGUGCUUCAGCAAUCAUCUAGUAUCCAUGGAAACGGACAUGGGCCAAUCACUUACAC